AACUACAAGUCCCAUGAUGCAAACGGUCUGGCGCAGAGCCAAACCGUUGGUUCGGUGGGUGUCUGGGUCCGCACAUCAUUGCUGCCUCACGUCGGCUCUGUUAGAGGAGAAAUGGCUGCAGCGCUGUCCCGUGCCCUCAAACUGCCCGGGAAGAAGGGCUCGGAGCUCGGGGAGUAUGACCCUCUCACCCAAGCAGAUAGCGAUGACGAGAGCGAAGAGGAUGACCUUGUGCUCAACUACCCCCGAAAUGGUCUCGGGAGGGAUAGCUGCCUGGGCACGGGGUCUUCCAAGCUGCGCGGCGGCCGAUCUGGAAGACUUGUGGGCGCGGAAGACGGGGUGCAAGACGACGAGGAGGACGAAGAGGAGGACGAGUGGAGAGAGCGACUCCCCAGCAAAUCCAGGCAAGACAGGAAUGACAUGAAGGGAGUGCAGUACUGGAGCCACAGGGACUCGGGCGGCGAGAGGAAGAGGGAGGACAGAGGGGGCCCUGGAGCACUGGGUGGUGCUGGGCUAGGACUUCACAGUUCUGAUGAACAAAAAAGGAUGAGGGUGAAGAAUGCUAUCCGAAGUGCGUUUUUUCUGGUGCCUCUGGUGUGUGCCACAGUGGUCGUGUUGCUCUGUGCGUUCCUGAUUCCAUGCCAGAAGGGAGACCUGGAAAAGAGGCUGCAGUGGGAGAAAGCACUGUUGAGCAAUGUUGAGACAGGAGGUGUCACACCACCCGCACUGGCACUGUGGGAUGUUGAUGGUGAUUCAGUGGAGGAUGUGUUCCUGGGUGUUACCGAACCGACCAAUGAGACCCACACCACACAAACUUACAGUGCAGUGGCCCUUUCUGCCGUCAGCGGCCAGGUGCUGUGGAAAAAAGUCAUGUCAGAGGCUGUGAUGUACAUCCAGUGUGGUCUGCAGUACAGCACCGUGCCGUCGCCCGUGUGCCUCCUCAUCUGCAAAUCCUACAUCACGGCUGUCAACGGCACCACAGGAAAGAAGCUGUGGUCAUCAUCAAUUAAGAGCAUUGAAUCUCAGGCAGUGUUACUUCCAGACCUCCAGGGCGACUCACACCCAGAUCUGCUUGUAGCCACCCUGCCAGCGGAUGACAAAUUCGAUCUCUCUCUGACUUUGAUCUCUGGAGAGACGGGAGCGUUGCUCGGACAUCCUGUGCCUUUCAACGUCACAGCCCAAGGGACGCUGAUUGGGCCUUGGCUAUAUGAGACACAACAAGGAGUAUACUACAUCCUGUUUGGUCUAGGUAAUGUGAAGGCCAUCUCCCUGCGAGACAUCUACUUUCGGGCUACUGGAAAACUACCUGAAACUCAGGCGCUUCGAAAGAAGGAUUCAGGGUGGGAGGGCAUGAAGAAGGACAAUUUCUCCUCCGUCAUACAAAUUUACAGCCCACGUGACCAUGACCAGGCCAAGGUCCUGCUCCCUCUUGUGGCUGGUUUUGGCAGAAACCACAACAACCUGGACACCGCUUCGAACCUGGACUCCACCAGAAGUGACUGGGUGCUGGUGUAUGGAGGCAGCAUACAGUUACUGCUCCGGCAGAGGAAUUUACGAAAGAAAUGGACCUACAAAACAACUUCCAUUCACAGUCAACCAGUGGCGGGACACUUCAAUAGCGAUGGAGUCCUCGAUCUUUUCAUUCAGCAUUCAUCAAAUGGAGUCAUGAAGACAUUAAUCAUCGAUGGGGCGAACGGGACCCGUUUGUGGGCCGCCGAGUUCGUGUGUCCCCAGCUUCGUUUAGAAACGUCUGCAAUCUCCACGUCCACAGGCCAAUCCGCUUUCCUGUUCUGGGCCAGCGAUCCAAUCAAAGCACAGAAGAAUGUUACCAAGACAACCGUGUCGCCGGAUGUUGCCGUGGCAGAGCCUCUCAUUCGAAAGCUCUACCUGCUCCAUCCUACAUAUCCCACAGUCCUGCUGGAGCUCGCCAGUACCACAGACACAGCAGUCACAUCUGCAGUGAGCUACCAAGACCAUCAGAAAGAUGCAUCCUACAUCACAGUGUCCUCCAGGCCCACGCCCGGCUCUGUCCCCAGCGCUUGGAUAGUCAAGAGUGUGAGCCUCAGAGCUGCUAUCACUAAAGGGCAAAUUGUGUGGAUAGGAGAUGGCAGCAAGACCGCGGGAGCCCUUAAACCCGCUGAGGUCAGCAAGUUCUUCAGACGUCUGACCUUCAGACAUCAGUGAGGAGCCACCGCUGCUACCACGACCCUGCCUCACAAGUACGCGGUCCAGCCACAAGGACUUGAGCAAGGAUGAAAGGGACGAAAAGCUGCGGAUGACUCUGCGCUGAGGCGAUGAUGACAGUUCAUCCACGAAGCUGUUUACAUCACGUUUGAUUCAAACAAAAGUCGAAUUUCAUCUCUGGUACUUGAGAAAGACAUCUGUUUUUGUUUUGUUUUUUUUAAAUUGAAACUUUUUCUUUAAAUAAUUUAAGUCACAUUUAGGAAGUCUGUGAUCUUUACCUGAUUGUUUCUUCACUUGAGAACAGCAGAGUAACUUAACACUUGAUCAGUGCAUGUCUAGCAUGCAUCUCUCGUAAUUCCAGUAUCUACUGUGUGGUACGGUCCACUAUUUCAAUGCAUUUUGUCAUGAUUAUUGUUCUUCUGCUCCUUGAUGAUUUAGUUAGUAUAAGAAUUCUGUAAAUAUUUAAUGCUGUACAGUAAUUUAUUGAUUUGCCUUUUUCUUGUCUGAACUUUUUAAGAUGAAUGAACCGCUGUUUGCUAAGGGUUAUGAUAUUUAAAUGUAAGCUGCAAGAGAAAAUAAAGCGCAAUGUGUA